UUGGUUGGCUCCUCUCUCGCGAAACUGUCAAAUUUGACGAACGAAUGCUGAACACCGUAAUAGCAAUGGACGACGAAAAAUUAAUCCCGCUUAAAUAGAAAAAAAAGCGAAGUACGUUUCGAUGCCGUCGCCGGUAAAGGAAUCCAUUUAACUCUAGUCUUAUAAUAGAACAGGCGUCAUGGAUAUCACUAGCACGCUGGAUUUGCAAUUUCUUGACCUGAGUGAGGUUGACGAGUUUGAAAGAAACAGAGUUUUAUCGUCGUUAUACUCCGACAGACAAGGAGACGAUUUCCCUUGGUUUAUUGGUGGUGAAAAGUCUGCCUUUGUUGGUCCAAAGAGGAGAUUGAAAAAGAGGAUUGCGACACUUACGGCAGAUCAAAACACGUACCACCAGUUUGAAAACCAUACCCAUCCUCCUAUCAACCAACAUUAUGGGUUGCAAAUCGAGGGUGGACCAAUUAGCAAUCAUUAUUUCAAUGCGGGUCCUUUCUUGCCACCUAUGGUUCCAGUGCCCAUCCAGAUAAACCCGCAAAAUUAUGGGACCAUCCCGGUUUCAACGGUUUACGCAAACUUUGAGGGCAAAAGCCCGAUUUAUUACGGUGUGCCGCCUCCGCAGCAAAUCUUUGUCAAAAAUCACAGCACCGUUAUGGAACCUUAUUAUGGAAAUGAUUUUAUACGGAAGGAAUAUAUUGAAGAAAAUAGUCCGACCCAAAUAAGGGUCAAUGACGAGAUAAACGCCAAUGGAGAUUUAACAUCCAGCGCUGCACCGGACUUUCAGAGUACUGUUCCCCCACAAAGUGCAGUGGACAACAGCAAAUUGGACUCUGAGGAGAUGGAUAAAAAGCAAGAUCCGACGCCCUGGGCGCAAACAAAGACCUGGGCCAGCUUGUUUGUAUCGAAAACGGAGCCCACUGUCAAUUCAACCGUUAACGGGACUAACAGACAGACACACCAUACCGAGGCUGUGAAGCGUGACAUUGACAGUGGCGGGACAAGUUGUCCUUUCAAGAAUCCUAAAAAGGGUCAUUUCGUCGAUCCCGAUUGUUACCGGAUGGGAGAGUUUUUGGCUAGCUACAAGGUAGACGGUAGAGCGGUGAGCCUCCAACCGAGGGGUCUGAUCAACCAGAGCAAUUAUUGCUACGUAAAUUCCAUACUGCAGGCGUUGAUCGCUUGUCCGCCCAUGUACAACCUGCUCAGCGGGCUGGUGAAAAAUAUUUCCUCGAAUGAAAAACGCAAACCCACUCCGGUCAUUGACGGCAUAUGCAAAUUCGUUAAAGAGUUCGCGCCCAUGCCGGCCAACAUGCGUGUGGUUAAUCGAAGGUCCGAGGGGACCAAAAAUCAACAGAAGAAAGAGCAGGGCGUCAUAAUAAACACGGACGUCCCUUUCGAGCCCGCCUGGAUCUACCGAAUGUUGAACGGGAUAAGGACGGAUUUGAUAGAGGGCCGGCAGGAGGACGCCGAAGAGUUCCUCUGUUGCCUGCUUAAUAAUUUAAAUGACGAAAUGCUCGAGCUCAUCAAGCUGGUGAAAGGAGAGGAGCCGAUUUCCCCGCAACCAAAUCGUGCCGAGGAAGAAGAUAAAGUGUCAGAAUGGCAGGUGAUGGGCUCCAAGAACAAGGGCAGUGUGUUGAGGAAAACGGUGGUGGAGAGAACUCCUAUUACGGAUAUUUUCGGGGGGUCCUUGAAGUCGCGGAUACACAGAACAGGCGACCAGGACACGGAAAAUACCCAGCCCUUUUUCACGUUGCAGUUGAACAUCGAGAAAGUGAAAACCGUACGCGAGGCCCUUGACGCGCUCAUAACGAAGAAUCAGCUGGAGGGCGUGACCUCGUCGAAAACGAACGAGGCGGUGGAGGCGUGGCAGCAAGUGAUGCUCGACGAGUUGCCCAUCAUACUGGUCUUGCACUUGAAAUGUUUCGAUUUUAAGCUCGACGGUUGCGCGAAAAUUUUAAAAGCCCUGGAGUUCCCUAUCGAUUUGAAGAUCGAUUCGAAAUUAAUCUCGUCGAAGAACGCUACGGCAAAAGAGAAACAUUACAAGCUAUUCGCCGUGGUGUACCACGACGGGAAGGAAGCGACAAAAGGGCACUACGUUACCGACGCUUUCCACGUCGGUUACAGUAGCUGGCUGCGGUAUGACGACGCGUCCGUCAAACAGGUUCAGGAGGAGCAGGUGCUGAAGCCCCAAGGAACCCGGGUACCAUAUUUGUUGUUCUAUCGUCGUAGCGAUACCAUUAGAAGAUAAUUUUACACACUUGGCCUAUAACUUGUUAUUACUUUUUAAGCGUCUUAUUUUAAUAAUUAAAUUUAUACAUAAUGAAACUGU